GCGCGCGCUGAGCCUCAUGGGAAUUGUAGUGCUGCGGGUGAAGCUCUGCGUUACUGUACUGAAACCAAACUGCAAGCUUGGGCAAGUAGUUCGCUGUCCCCGCCCUCCUCUCCUAUAAAGAAUUUUAGAGGGAAGAGGCUGGCCCAGCGGCUGGCUGACUUCAGAAGUGCUACCUGCGAUGCUGCCGCUGUGGGUGUCGGUGCUCGCAGCCUCGGCGCUGGCGGCACCACCCCCCGGGUCAGGUGGGCAGAGGCGAGGAGCGGCCCGGGCGCCGAACGUGGUGCUGGUGGUGAGCGACUCCUUCGAUGGAAGGUUAACUUUUCAUCCAGGAAGUCUGGUAGUGAAACUUCCUUUUAUCAAUUUCAUGAAAGCACGGGGCACUUCCUUUCUGAAUGCCUAUACCAACUCUCCAAUCUGUUGUCCAUCACGUGCAGCAAUGUGGAGUGGCCUCUUCACUCACUUAACAGAAUCAUGGAAUAAUUUUAAGGGUCUAGAUCCAAAUUAUACAACAUGGAUGGAUGUCAUGGAGAAGCAUGGCUACCGAACACAAAAAUUUGGAAAACUGGAUUAUACUUCAGGACAUCACUCCCUUAGUAAUCGUUUGGAAGCAUGGACAAGAGAUGUUGCUUUCUUACUCAGACAAGAGGGCAGGCCUAUGGUUAACCUUAUCCCUAAUAAAACUAAAGUAAGAGUGAUGGAAAAAGACUGGGCGAAUACAGACAAAGCAGUAAACUGGUUAAGAAGGGAAGCAAUUAAUCACACCGAACCAUUUGUUCUUUACUUGGGAUUAAAUUUACCACAUCCUUACCCUUCACCAUCUUCUGGAGAAAAUUUUGGAUCCUCAACAUUUCACACAUCUCUUUAUUGGCUUGAGAAAGUAUCUCGUGAUGCCAUCAAAAUCCCAAAGUGGCCACCUCUGUCAGAAAUGCAUCCUGUAGAUUAUUACUCUUCUUAUACAAAAAACUGCACUGGAAAGUUUACGGAAAAAGAAAUUCAGAAUAUUAGAGCAUUUUAUUAUGCUAUGUGUGCUGAGACAGAUGCCAUGCUUGGUGAAAUUAUUCUGGCUCUUCACCAGUUAGAUAUCCUUCAGAACACAAUUGUCAUAUAUUCCUCCGACCAUGGAGAGCUGGCCAUGGAGCACCGGCAGUUUUACAAAAUGAGUAUGUAUGAAGCGAGUGCACAUGUUCCACUUUUGAUCAUGGGACCAGGAAUUAAGGCCAACUUGCAAGUAUCAAAUGUGGUUUCGCUUGUGGAUAUUUACCCUACGAUGCUUGACAUUGCUGGAAUUCCUUUGCCUCAGAACCUGAGUGGAUACUCUUUGUUGCCAUUAUCAUCAGAAGCAUUUAAGAAUGAACUUAAAUUCCAAAACCUGCAUCCGCCCUGGAUUCUGAGUGAAUUCCAUGGAUGUAAUGUGAACGCUUCUGCCUACAUGCUUCGAACCAAUCAGUGGAAGUACAUAGCCUAUGCGGAUGGCACUUCAGUGGCGCCUCAACUCUUUGAUCUUUCCUCAGAUCCAGACGAACUAACAAAUAUUGCUGUAAAAUUUCCAGAACUUACUCAUUCUUUGGAUCAGAAACUCCGUUCCAUUAUAAACUACCCCAUAGUUUCUGCUUCUGUCCAUCAAUACAAUAAAGAGCAGUUUAUCAAGUGGAAACAAAGUAUAGGACAAAACUAUUCAAGUGUCAUCGCAAACCUCAGGUGGCAUCAGGACUGGCAGAAAGAGCCAAGCAAGUAUGAAAGUGCAGUUGAUCAGUGGCUUAAAACCAACACUAUUCCAAAAACAGUUUGAACAAAAAUAAGGAAAUAAUGUUCUGGAACUACAUGUAAAUAUAUAAAAAAUCAUAAUUAUGUAUUUUAGAUGAAACUGUUUUAAUAAUUAAUAGUUUUUGGUUACUUUUAGAGACUGUAUUGUGUUUUAAAAUAAAAAUGUUUAUAAAAUUACGUAUUUUUAAAAGUGCUUAUUAUUAAGACCUUAUUUGUACCAACUUGCAACAAUUAAAUGGAAGUAUCAAAAGGUUGGAAGCAAAUACUGUAAUAUAACAGUUAUGUUCCUCUGAAUAAUAGAGAAUAUUAAAUAUUUUAAUGAUUACUUAUGAACCAUAAAAUAGUUAUGUGUGAGUAUUUGAUGGUUGAUGAGUUAUUUGUAUUUUAUGGCACUAAUUGGCUGUAUUUGACGGGAGUAGAGUAUUUGAUGGGACAAAGAUCCUGGAUAUAGCUGAUUUCAUUACUGUUUUUUAAAUGGGUAAUAUAUGCACAAGGUAAAGGCGUCAAAUGGUACAAAACGGUCAACAGUGAGCGUGAAAUCUCUCCACUUUCCUAGUACCCUGCCUCCAGUUCCCCUUUCAAGAAGCAACAACGAAAACCACCUUCUUAGGCAUCUGUUGGGGACUGGCUGUGCAUUAAUACCACCAAGCGUAUAUAUACUUUCUCCUCCACACAAAUGGUAGCAUACCAUAUUGUUCUGCAUCUUGUUUUUUUUUUUUUUCACUUUUACUUUUUCAUAUAUUUAACAGCCACUGGAAUUUGAUUUUCCAUGGCCUUCCCUAUUUCUAUUCUUUGCCCAUUUUUCUAUUGGUUGUUGGUUUUUAGUUUUUAUUACUGUACAGGUUUGCUUUAGAAAUUAGCUCUCUGAUGGAUUUAGAGUCUAUCAUAUUCAGUGAUCUAUCACAGAAAAAAA